GUGGCGCACUCACGCGCCCCCGCUACACACUCACGCGCAACGGCAGAGAGUUUUUCCGAGUGGGUGUUUCACUUUCCGUCCUUCUUCUCGUCCUCCCUUCGUUCUCCGCAGGGUCUCUCUCCGUCUGCUCCCCGAGCUCCAUCUGUCAGCUGCGGCUCCGCGACCUUCCUCUAACCGUCGAAGAAACCUCCGAGUCUGUCAAAAUGGCCAGCAAAGGAACUGUGAAAGCCUGCGGAAACUUCAACGCCAGUGCGGAUGCUGAAGUCCUGUACAAGGCCAUGAAAGGGCUGGGGACUGAUGAGGAUGCCAUCCUGCAGCUGUUGACGGCCCGCAGCAAUACCCAGAGGCAGGAGAUCAAGGCCGCCUACAAAACUCUGUUUGGAAAGGAUCUGGUCAGUGACCUGAAGGGAGAGCUAGGGGGCAAAUUUGAGACCCUGAUCGUGGCUCUGAUGACCCCGCCCAUCUCUUAUGAUGUGACAUUACUUCGCAAUGCCAUCAAGGGGGCAGGAACAGAUGAGAAGGUGCUGGUGGAGAUCCUCGCCUCCAGAACAUCUCGGCAGGUGAAGGACAUUGUCGCUGCUUAUAGACAGGAGUAUGAUGACGAUCUGGAGGAGGAUGUAUCUGGUGACACAUCAGGUCACUUCAAAAGACUUCUGGUUAUUCUGCUGCAGGCGAACAGGCAGCAGGGGAUCCAGGAGGGAAUGAUCGAGAGUGACGCUCAGGAACUCUUCAAGGCAGGAGAGCAGAAGUUUGGCACCGAUGAACAAUCGUUCGUCACCAUCCUUGGCAACCGGAGCGCCGAACAUCUUAGGAGAGUAUUUGAUGCUUACAUGAAGCUGUCUGGAUAUGAGAUGGAGGAGAGCAUCCAGAGGGAAACAUCUGGGUGCCUGAGAGACCUGCUUCUCGCCGUGGUGAAGUGCGCAAGGAGCGUUCCAGCCUAUUUUGCUGAGACCCUGUACUACUCCAUGAAGGGUGCCGGUACUGACGACAACACCCUGAUCAGAGUGAUGGUGACUCGUAGUGAGGUGGACAUGUUGGACAUCAGAGCUAAGUUUAGGAGCAUGUUUGCCUGCUCUCUGCAUUCAAUGAUCAAGGGAGAUACUGGCGGUGACUACCGUAAGGCCUUACUGUUGCUCUGUGGUGGAGAUGACGCGUAACCAAGGCCACAAGCAAUAACGUGAACCACACCUGAGGGGCCUCUUCUCUCAGUGGGCCCUUUGUGCUGUCGGCUCACAGAGACAACAAGCUAAUACAAAGUCAGAGUUCAUUACAACAAAACUGUCUUGUGUGUGAGACACGGCCCAUCGGGUCUUUUUAAACUAUAUGAUUCCAAAUGUUGUCUUUGAAAGGUAGCUAACAUUUUGUUCAUGUCCACAUUAAUGCAACUUUCAGUUGACUAAUAUCUUCACUGAAACUAAUGUAUUAUCAUUUAUAAUUCCAAAGUAUCUGAUUACACUCAUUUUUGUUUGCACUUUUAAUAGGAGCACCAAUAUGCAAAAAUAAACAUUUCAGUUGAUGAAGUUCAA